ACAGACAGAAUAAGCGAGUACAAAGUAGCAGAGUUGCAAAUGCGUUGACGCUUGCAAGAUGGGAGGGGAUAAAGGAUAUCGUCACCCUAUAUAUAUGCGGUGACGAUCGUUACUCCAACUUAAUAGUUUACAUACAACGAACGAAGCGAGGGAACCUUUAAAGAGAUUAACUCUCUCCGGUACGUCGCCUGAUUUUUUCUAAAAACGAAUUCCUCGAAUUUUCUCCUCCUCGGUGAGAAUAAGAAGAAUAAAUUAAAAAAAAAAACAAGAGAUGGGACACUCAUUAAUGGCGAUCUGCGUCCUCGUGGCACUUAUUGUGCUGGCGAGAUUUAUUCAUGGACGUCCUGCGGUCGACGAGAGCGGAUUGAACUUGAGCAUGUCAGAGUCACGUGCAUCAAAGUUGGAAGAUGUCUCGAGAUUCCACGAGUUAAAAGCAAUCUCGGCAUCAAUCUUCCACGGAAGCUCAUCAUUUCCGGCUAAAUCAAGACAAAAACGAACGUCGGACCAGAGAAUAGCCGAGCUGCAGACCCUUAUGAGUUUGUAUGCGAAGUACACCGGCAAACGAUCGUUGAACGCGACGCAUGAAAAUUGGCAAAACAUUCCGUUGGAUCCAGAAAAAAUCGGUCGAAGAAAACGUUUUGUGAACGAAAUUCCAGCCGAAUCGGUAGCCACCAGCCGUCUGAUCGAAAAACCGAAACGCGACGGUGAUCCUACAUAUCCUCUGGUUAGUUGAGUAAACCGCUCUGAUGUCCGAAGAAAGCGUGCAUUUUUUCACAAGGGAUGAGCCUGGCAUAUUCGAAGAACAAUCUUUGAACAUUGCAUCGUUUCGACACCGCUUAGGAAUCAAUCGCGGAAUUAUGGAAAUAGAAACGAAGAUUUAAAAUCAUAUUAAAGCGUUAAUUAUGAUCGUGAGAAGAAUACUCGGACAGUUCCAUAUAUGUAUUAGAUUCGUUCUCACAAAUCAUCGAGAUUAAUGAGUACAUUUUUUGAAUGUAUAUUCGCAUAUCUUUAAAAUAUGUAAAGAAAUAUAUACAUUUUUUUUUUAAUCUGGCUUUAAAAUUUUAGGGGAUAUAUAGCGACUAUUUACAUUUUAAUUAUGACUAAAUUACUAAUAAAUACUUAAUAAAGA